AUGAAAAUUUCUUGGCACCACGAGCGCCAGCCGCACCACGACAACCUGAUACGCAGGGUCCGGACGAAGUUAGGGACGCUCCGGGACGAGUGCCUGCAGUACUUCCUGCUGAGGUACGUGGAACGCGGCUUCGUCGUCUACUCGGCCAUGCUCAGCCUCGGCGCCUGUCUCGGCACUCUCACGACGGCGGUCGACUGGACAGCCUUCGCAGUUGCCUGCGGCGUCGACGUGUCCACGCUCAUCUUCUGCCUCCUGUUUGCCUGCAGCGCCCUGUGUCUGGUCGUGACGCUGGCGGCGGCGCAGGAAGUGCCGCUGCGGUCCAAAGACCGAGAGAGGGAGCGGGAGCGGGCAGUGGACGUGGCGCGGCGUUGGGCGGUGAGCGGCGUGUGCGCCGUGUGUCGGAUACCGGUGAUGGUUGGUAGGGCGCUGAUGCACCGCGCCAGACGCGGCGGGGUGCUCGGGCUCGCGCUGUGCCUGCUUGCCGGCUUGCUCACAUUGCUUCUAGAGGUUGUUCGAUGGCCGUUCCAGUUUGUCAAGAUGUACCGCAGCAGUCCAGAAGCACUGAGGAGACUUUUCUUGGCUGACCUGGCUUCGUGGACAUGCCUCAUGGGUCACGGGAUUUUCUACACCGAUUUCGUGGCUCAAGCCAUUUAUAAAGGUGCGCCAGAUGCUGACGUGGGUUCCGAGGAGGCAUCCGGGUACGACGAAGGUGCUCGAAUGGGCUCGUGGGGUCUUUGUUUCUUCAGCAUCGUGGGUUUCAUGUAUUCCACAUUUGCCCAGGAAUGGAUUGUGGGGAAAGUCGGUGAAUUCACCUUAAUGUACCCCACGAACUGCUGA